AUGGCCAGUGAGUCAUCAGAGGUAGAUCCUUACAUUUUCUGCACUGAAACGUUACCCAGUGAUGCCCGCUACCUCCCCCCUCUGGCCAAUGGGCUGCUGGGGUGGAAGGUGUACAGUAAUAUCAUGCACAUGGGGGGCAUUUAUAAUGGGGAGGGGGGCCGCUGUCACAGAGCAGACCUGCCCUGUCCCCUGGCUGUCAAGAUGGACACAGUGGAACCUGGAAAACACUCCUACUGCCUGGACACGAAUACAGGUGUUUUCAGCCACAGCCUGAGCACGUCCAAAGUGACUGCUACACAAUCUCUGUAUUCUCACCGUUCCUACAGUCAGCUGAUGGUGAUGGAGAUCUCGCUGGUGCGUCAGGGCCCAGAGGAGGAGCCCAUCACAGUGGAUCUGCUCACCAACUUCAAGCCCCUGAGCAAAGACAUCCUUUUUGAGACUGGACCAGAUUAUAAAAGUGGCCGGCACAUCUAUGGACAUACAACAGCAGCGGAGUAUCCUGGGGGCAUCUGUCCCUCUGUGCACCUUAUUUGGACUGACAUACCUCUGACGUUGGCCCUCGCUGCGGGACAAAGCCAGGCUCGCUGGGGCUUCAUCCUGGUCGCGGCAGACAGCCUCCAAAACGCUCAAAACAACUAUGACAAGGGCCUGUCUUUAAUAGCGGGGGGAAGUCUGCGCUCAUCUCACGAACAGGCCUGGAAGGAAGUGUGGUUACAUAGCAAGAUAGACUUAGUGGGCUCUGAGAUUCUGAGCAAAGCCCUGAUUGGCUGCAUGUUCUACCUCCUGAGUGCGUUUCCGUCUAUAAACGACACAAGCGGCACCUUUGGGGGGGUCAGUCCUGGUGGUCUGUCCAAUGGGGGGGAUGGGCAGGACUACUGGGGCCAUGUUUUCUGGGAUCAGGACAUUUGGAUGUACCCUGGCAUUGCCCUCUUCUACCCCAAACUAGCCAGAUCUGUGCUUGAGUACAGAGUGCGGACCAUAGAUGGCGCUAGAGACAAUGCACAAAGACAAGGCUACAAGGGACUGAAGUUUCCAUGGGAGAGUGCUGUGUCCGGCCGAGAGGUCUGCCCUGAGGACAUUUAUGGACAGCAGGAGAUUCACAUCAACGGGGACGUCUCCCUGGCUUUUCAGCAUUAUCUCUAUCUGACUGAGGAUAUUUCCAUGUUCACUGAGGGUCAGGGCAGUCAAGUCGUUUGGGGUGUGGCAGAUUAUUGGGUCUCGAGAGCUACAUGGAACCCGGAGGAUCACAAGUAUCACCUUUUAGGAGUUAUGCCACCCGAUGAAUAUUACUACAAUGUCAACAACUCAGUGUACACAAACAUAGUGGCCAAAUUAAGUCUGGAGUUUGCGAUUGAAUUAGCAGACCUACUAGAUAGACCUGCACCAAAAGAAUGGAAAGAAGUUUCUGAAAACUUAAAAAUACCUUUUGAUGAAGAUAAUAAAUACCACCCUGAAUAUGAUGGCUACACAAAAGGCUCCCCUGUGAAGCAGGCAGAUACUGUUAUGCUUGGUUAUCCUCUUGGAUACCCUAUGUCUACCGAGGUCAGAAGAAACGACCUUCUUGCGUAUGAAUCUGUUACCGACCCAAAUGGUCCAGCUAUGACAUGGAGUAUGUUUGCAAUAGGCUGGCUUGAACUUGGAGAGGCGGCACAGGCUCAGCAUCUUCUUGCAAAGUGCUUCAAUAACAUCCAGGCUCCAUUUCAGGUAUGGAGUGAAUCAUCUGACGGCUCUGGCGCAGUCAACUUUCUCACUGGAAUGGGAGGCUUUCUUCAAGCUGUGCUUUUUGGUUAUACAGGGUUCAGAGUUCAAAAGGCAUGUCUUUUCUUCAAUCCACUUCUGCCAAAUGAUAUUUCGGAGCUGAGCAUUCGUGGAGUGAACUACCUUGUUAUCCUGAAGGAGUCUGGAUCUAAAUUCCCUCUCACUCCAGGUCAACCUAGGAAGGAGGGUGGGGGGGGGGGGGUUAUGAUUAAGGGUAGGGGAUAUAGGAGGAGGGGGGUGGGGGGGAAGUGGGACGAGUCGUGGGGGGAGGGGGUGGGUUUGAAGGAUUUAGGGGGGGGGAAGGGGCGGGCUGAGAGCAGCAGCGGCAGCGGCUCCUCCCCCCGUCGUAAUGUGAUUGUUGACCCCAGGACCCAAAAUGCAGCAGCAGAGCUUGAUUUGGAUCAGCAGCUGACUUCUGCAGCUCUUCAUAACUGA